AUGGCUGCCGCACUGGAUCACUUUUCGGACAGAUUGAGGGCAGGCGCCAAAUCGGACUUACUGGCCUUGGCGCAAAUUACCUUCGUGAAGAGCAGGACAGCGAGGGUUUUCUGGGAAAACGGCUUCCGCAGCGUCGCGGCCGUCGCGAAUGCAGACCUCAGCGAGCUUUUGCCGAUUCUCAUGCAGGCCCAACCGAGUAAACUACGCAUCAAGGGGCAGGAAAGCCUCAAAUACGAGGAGAAACUCAUGGCCAAGGCCAAGGUAAUCUCAGACUCGGCCAACCGACUGUGGCAAAUCCAAAUGCAACAGGAAGUCUACGAGGAAGAGUAA